CGGUGCCCAGCAGUGCGCCCACUAGCUCCGCCCACCCGUGCCCAUCAGUGCACCCACCUGUGCCCAGCAGGGCACCCACCUGUGCCACUCUGCAGUGCCACCCACCUGUGCCCAGAAGUGCCACCCACCUGUGCCCAGAAGUGCCACCCACCUGUGCCUGCCCACCAGUGCCACCCACCAGUGCAGCCCAGCAGUGCUGCCAGUCAGUGCCCAGGGGUUGUGCCAGCCAGUCGGUGCCGCCAUCAGUGCCGCCAGUCAGUGCCCAGCAGUGAUGCCAGUCAGUGCCGUCUAUCGGUACCCAUCAUCAGUGUCACCUAUCAGUGCCGCCUAUCAGUG